GUUUAAGCCUCAACCUUGAACGAUUUUGCGGUUGUUGGUCAGAUGAGUCUAUUCGAUGAUCUCCCUGAGCCAAGUGUGGAAAGCAAUGAUCUACGUAAGUACACAUUCUCCAGUCACAGAAUUAUUUAUUUCCAAGAGAAACCUGAAAUAUUGGGAGGAGACUCCAGUUGGGAUGAGUCGGAAUCUGUUGUUAGUAUGUUGUUUGCGAGAAAAACUGAAUUAUUCGUUUCAAGAACUUACUCCAUAUCUUUGUUCUGUUGUCGCCAGAAAAGGUGAGAGACCGGAAAUGCAGGAUUCCCAUAUUGUGGUCGACAACUUGGUAGAGCUAAUGUAUCGAGGAGUCUCCAAUGAAAUAGCUAGAGUGUGCUAUUUCGCUAUUUUCGAUGGACAUGGAGGAGCUAAAGCAGCUAAUUUUGCUUGCAAGCGUUUACAUCAACAUAUAGCCAUGCGAUUUCCUCGAGGUGGGAUGCAACAGGUAGAAAAGGAUAUUAAGCGUGUGUUAUACGACUCUUAUAAGAAAACAGAUGAGGAGUUUUUGAGAGAGGCUUGCCAGCAGUAGGAAUCCAACCAUUGUGUUUCAUUCACCUUUUUUGCGCCCCUUUCUAUUUUUCCAGGCGCCCUCACUGGAGAGAUGGUAGUACAUCAGCAACAAUCCUAUUGGUCAAUAACACACUAUACAUUGCAAAUCUUGGUGACUCUAAAGUUGUCCUAGCCAGAUUGGUUGAGUCCCCAUCUAAAUCUAAUAACGUUGAUGUCAAUAGUAGCAAUACUUUAAGUAAUCCAAAAUUGAAUGCAAUCUGUUUAACGAAAGAUCACAACCCCAUGGAUUAUGAAGAACGGCAGCGUAUUCAAGCCACCGGAGCUUCUGUUCAAAAUGGUCGUGUUAACAAUGUCCUAGAAGUUAGUCGGUCAUUUGGUGACUAUCAAUUUAAGAAACAAGGUGUUACUUGUAUCCCGGAUGUGAAAAAGUGUCAGCUAACGGAUAAUGAUCAGUAAGUUAAAUAUCAUUAUUAAUAUUAAAUUUGUGAUAGGUCAUAAUGAAUGAAACAACUCGUGAGAUUUCAUGUCAUGGAUAAUAAUAAUAGAUGCCGUUUAGAAAUUGUUCGUCAUUUGAUUUGUUGGAUUAACAAAUUGAUAUCUUAUCGUAAUCAAAUAAAAACUUCCGAGAAAUUACAACAAAGACAUUGUAUUAGUCACGUCAAAAAACUGACGGCCGAACUUCAAUUGCAUCAUUGUACGUGCAUAAAAAAUAAUUUAGGUCCCUAAGAUCAGCUAGAGAAAUCUUAUUAAAUAGUGUUUUGCCAUCAAAAUCUAAAUUCGUUAUUGUCAGGCUUAAAUCAAAAAGAUCUGAUAAUCCUGUGGAACUGAAAAAUCUACAGAUUAAAUCGGUAAUAACAGUAAAUGAUAUAUUUGAUAACCACCAAAUCGAUAUUAAAAUCAUCAAAAUAAUUGAGAAAGGUUUUUCCAACUAUGAAGAAAGGCGAGUAGCUGCGGCUUUUCAUCUAAUGCUACGUCCCUCUGCCUUCAAUAGAAAGAGAAGCAUGACUUGAACUGUUUAUCCAAACAGCCACAUUUGAUUCUAUUCAUUCCUGACACAAAAAUUCAAUUUUACUUAUAACAAAUUUCACACUUUUCACACCCAUCGUGUACACAACUAUAAAAAGUGAUGUCUCACACAAAUUCAUCUUGACUGAAAAGACAUGACGCUGACAUAAUCAGACUUAUCUUUAUUUUGACUGAACUGAAUAUUCUGCCUUGAUCCUCUCUACUAUUUAAACAUGCCAGUUUCAAUCCAGUUAUUUGUUAAAAAUUCAGAUUUUACCUGGUAUAUCAUUAUUUUAUUUAUACAAUUGGUUCCUUUUACGAAACUGAUGGGUUGUGUGUCACUUAUAAACGAUUUGAAGUGUUUGCUUGAGUUUCAGACCACUUAACAAUAAAUUCAAAAGAUAGAGGGAUGAGGUAGUAAUUGUCUAGAGUUCGACAUUGAUAAGUUGGGUUGCUUUAUAACUAUACAAGAUUUUAAAAAUUUCCAUAAGUUUGGAGAAUUGAAUGUGGGAAAAAGCAGACGAACGAAAGGAUGGCUUUAACAUACAUGAAAUAACUUCUGGUUUAGCAAAGAUUGCAUAAAAAACUAGACACAAUAAAAUAAUGAUGGUAGCACUAACAGCAGUUGUCGUUGAUAUAAGUCAAAAUCGUGGACUUACUAAGGUAAUGGUAAAUUGGUUGCCGUUGUGGUUUGUGUUACCGAUGUCGAUAGAAGGUUAAGAAGAUUAAAGAAAAGAGAACGAGAACAGUAGGUGAUUGCUGUCGAAAUAAAAGAACAGUGAAGUCUGAGACGAUUGAUUGACAUUUGCAAAUGGGACAGUUGAGUUUGAAACAGUUCAUUAACAUUUUGCCGAUUAAGGAUUUAGUGUAUGGUUCUCAGAUUUUACUAAGAUGUUCUGUAAUUUUGUAUUCAAAUACUUUCGAUUGUCCCCACUUGUGUUCCCGCUCACUACACUCUUUCUGGAUACAAAGCUGGUUUCAAUUUUUCAGUUACCACUGCUUCUCUGAACCUAAGAGAAAUUACAUCUUUUUUAUUUAUAAUUUUGAAGAAUUUGGAAACGUCGGUGACACUCCAAGUAACAAUUAAAUUGAGAGCUAUUGCACUGUUUAGAGCCAUUGCACCUCUCAACCGCAAAUUCGUUAUCACAUGUUCGGGAGUGCAAACAUUAUUUCAUUGUCAGUAAAUAAAAUGGGAUAACAUAUUAAUGCCUGUGAAAGUCUGCGAAUCUUUGCAUAAAGUAUCUGCUUUUACGCAGACACAGGCAACAUAAUUGUAUUCUGUUAUAAGUCAAAGCAGAUCAUUGAAGUUCUAAUUUGAGAUAUUCUAAUCGAUAAUCCUAUUUUGCAUCACAGUUGCAACAAGUUUCUUUAUCUUGCACAGCGAGACUGCCCUUUAUGAAUUGUGUUACCUUUAAAAUAUGCUUUAGUUUUCAUGUCCACUGACCAUGAAACUUAUCUCAACUUAUAAAAGUUACAAACGAACUCGAUAAUAACUCUAAAUAGCAAAUUCGUUCUUAAUUUUUAUCAACAUUAGUAAUAUUUGAACAUGAGAAAUAUUUGAAUCCUUCAUAUAAAAUAUGGUUAUAGGUCACUGACAUUCUACGUGGCUUUCCUCGUUUAUCUUUACAGUUAUUUUUUACUUAUUACUAUAACGACAUCAAAUAUGCCACAGUGCAUCAGUUUUUUGCUGAUUAAGGGUACAUCCUACUGACGAGUGCCAAGUAGCACGAAACCUAGGUCCAGGGUUUUCUGUUGACCACCUCCAACCACCAUCUUACACCUCAAUAUAGUUCACGCGAUGUUGCCUAGACCAAUGGCCAUAUUACAACUUGAUCGACAGAAUUCGGUCUGCAUUAAGAAGGAUAUAACAUGCAUGACGUAAGUCACAACCCGGUGAUCAAUCUGUUGUGAACUCCCAUAACUUAAACUGGAUUUUUUUUUAGCUUUUUGUGUCAGUUCAAUUAGCUAGACGAUAUAUAUUAGUUUAGUCAAAAAGGUUAGGUUAAUAAUUUUUCGAGAUGCUGAUUCCCUAAAUACCAACUAAAUGGUUAUCAGAAGAGAUAUUAUUAGGGAGCUGGAUUUAUUACUUAUAUACAUAAUAUUCGACUAAUGUAAUACGAUUAAGUUUUUAAUUAGUUGGCGAUUAAUCUUAUGUGGAAACUAAAGUCGCAGAAUCAGUGAGUUCACACUUCUUGUCAUUUCUUUAGUGUCAUGCUAUUAUUCAACGAUUCGAAUCUGGAAACGGUUGGAUACUAAUGCUCCUAGUAUAACAUCAUUUUAUUUUGGAAUUUUUGUAUGUAAAAAUAUUGCUCUUGAUUGUAAGAUAUCUUAUUAAUUCGAUUGAGUACAGUUUGCCUCAGUUCGUAGUUUAUUUGAGAAUCUUUUCCGGUUACAUUGCAGCAUAUUUAAAAUAUCUUAGAUAGUUUUUUUGCUCCCAUUUUGGAUAUCAAUUCUUUGUAACAUCGUAGACUUCAUUUGGUGUAUCGCUUACACAAAGUGAUAAUCAUAAUUAUUAUUUCAUUUAUUCAAAACUUUUCUGGAGAUUACUUUUCCAUGUCACUUGCCACUUACGUGGCCUUAUUAUUGUUAAUCUUAAUACCUUGUUUCUUGUGCGCCCAAUAUUGUUUUUCUACGGAGAAACGUGGGAAAUCUUAUCUAUGGGCUUUUACAAUGAUUCAUACUGUUUCGAAGACUUAAGUCAAUAUGUUAUUAUUGAUCAGGUGAAAAUUUGUAAAAACAAAUUUUAUUCUUUAGUUGUGAGUAAUUUAUAUUCAAAAUUCUUAGUGUUUAAAAAAUUUCUUAGAUUUCUGUUAAUAGCUUGUGAUGGUCUGUGGAAAAGUUUCCCUCCGAAUGAAGCUGUUCAUCUCACUCAUGAACUUUUGAUGCAAGAGAUUGAAAAGUAUGAAAAUGAACACAGAGAAUCACUAAAUGGUCAAUGUACUGAUUAUUCUCAGAUUUUGUGUCAACGGCACCUGGACUCAGUGUGCACGCAUUUGGUUAGUGAAGCUGUUCUUCGUAUGUCUGGUGAUAAUGUGACCUGCAUUUUGUUGGUUUUUCCAACCAUGUUUGUCAAAAAGCAUCAUUCUACUGAUCUCCCAGGACAUCCGUCUAUUAGUCAGGAAGAAGAUUCUUUAGAGCCGCGUUCCAAAUUGCCACGGAUUGAAAAGUGAUGUGAACUAAGAUUUCGGAAUUUAUUUCUCAAAGUUGCAUUGUCGUGAUUCCACAAAUGCUUUUCUUGCAGUACUUUAUUACUAUCGAAAUUUAUAAUCUUUCUUUGUAUGUGUCAUGUUUAUUGUUUUAUGCAAAUAAAGCUUUCAUGAAGUAUAUCUUAUACCUUAUUCAUUAUGAAAUUAUUGAUCCUUUCCAUGUCAGGUGCUCAUUGUUGAUUUUUUUGGGUAUUGUAACAGGAGAAUACUUUGGUAGCAACAUAUCUGAGUGAAGAUGUCAAAUAUCCAGAUUUCUAUUUCAACUAUCUUCUGAAAAACCAACUGUGUAUUUUUGACUCUUGGAUUACUAAAAACUGGCCAGCAUGUUUUUCAUGGCGUUCCCCUGAUGGACUGAUUGACUUAAAAAAAAUAUUCGAAAAUGUUCCAGACGAGAAAUUAUGUGUUUCUGAUUGUUCUGUAAUCGAAUUCAACACACAUCCUGUUCGUGAAGUCACUGUUGAAGAAUUUAUUUCGUAUUGGACUGGUAAAGCUCAAGGAAAAGAUGAUCGCAUUCUAUAUUUGAAAGAUUGGCAUUACUUUAAAAAGAGUUCAGAAAACAGUUGGUUCACGUUACCUGAAUAUUUUUCUUCUGAUUGGUUAAAUGAAUUUUGGAGCCUACGAAAUGAUCUCUCUGAUGACUUCAAAUUUUUAUAUUUAGGGAGUCAUGGAACGUGGACACCUUUACACGCUGAUGUGUACCGUUCUUUCAGUUGGUCUGCCAAUAUACUUGGCCACAAGCGUUGGUGGAUUUUUCCUCCUGGUUGGUCUCUUAAAAUAAACUUUUCGUCUAGUUAAAAGCGUCAUUGUUUAUGUACCAAACUAAAGUCCCUGACAAAAAUCUCAUGAGUUUUAAAUCUUUAAAUACGAAUAUAUAGUUCAAAUAAUGGUUUAAAAUUGGAUAUCAACAUAUAUUAUAUACCGGCCAUAUUCUUGGUUCGGUUGAGAUCUUAGUUGAAUGGUACAGUACUGUGUAGUAUUGCCAGAAAACUUUCGAACGGUUCUCUUCCAAUUCUGCGUGUAUGCAGAGUAGAUGUAAGAUUGAUUACUUUCGAUAACUAAUAUUUUUAUUGCACUCUGUAUAGGUCAGGAGGGUUUCGACACCGUUUACUUUGAAGUCAUGCGUUCGCAAAUUUACGGAAAGAGGUUAAAUAAGUAUCUAAUACUAGUAUAGGGGUUGUGGAGAUUAUUAAGUUCUUGAUUGAGAUCAUGAACCGAUUGAUGUUAGACCACCACCUUUGGAAACCUGGAAGCACUGGACGGCCGUUUCGUUCUAUCGUGGGACUCUUCAGCAGUGCGCAUCCAUGAUCGCACUCGCGGGAUUCGGACCCAGGGCCUUCGGUCUCGCGCGCGAACGCUUAACCAACUGGACCACUGAGCUGGCAUCCAACGGUGAUAGUGUCUAACAUCAACCAAUCCACGAAAUUGCGCGACCAACUUCCAUUAUACUGAGGUAGAUACCUGUCUCUGCCCGACAUGGAUUAGCUCCACUGAUCACGGCUUCUCACUAGGACUCCGAGAAUUCCCUCACGAAGCUAGUCACUAGUGAGCACAUGUUGAUUACUAGUAUAGGGGUUGUGGAGAUUAUUAAGUUUAUGGUUGAGAUCAUGAACCGAUUGAUGUUAGACCAUCACAAUUGAAAACCUGGAAGCAGUGGAUGGCCGUUUCGUCCUAAUAUCAAUCGGUUCAUGAUCUUAAUAAAAAAAAUAUCUAAUAGUUUCUCGUUUGAAUUAUUUAGAUCAAACUCGUUUGAUAUGUGGAAAUCCUUGAGGAUAUAAAUCGUAGUUAAAAGGGAAUCGGUGUUUGUAGACACGUAGCAAUAUGUUUUGAAGCCGAUUCUCAUCUUACGGUUUUUGCAUUUUGUUUUUGUCUACUCCUGUUAACUUAUAUUUCGAAUUUUGUGAUAAUGAUUAAGUUCAGUGCAUAACUGUACAUGAAUUGUUUUUCUUCUGUUUAAGGUGAAGAAAGAAAGCUCUUAUCAUCCAACGGACAAAUUCCUUUUGAUAUACGCUCCAUUAUAAAAGACAGGACAGAUGUGAAGUAUUAUUUAGUCGACCAAUAUUCUGGACAAGUGGUUUUCGUACCUUCUGGAUGGUAUCAUCAGGUUGUAAAUAUGACUGAUUGUAUAUCUAUAAACCAUAAUUGGUUCAAUGCUACAAAUGUAAGUCAUGUUUGGGAUCAUUUACAAGAUCAAUUGAAAGCUGUUGAAGUGUCAACUAAAGACGUAUCUUCUAUUCCUGGAUGGCAUGAAGAGUGUCAGGUAAAUAUCUUUGAUUAAUUUAAUACUUAACAAAAUGUCUACUUUUAUUAUACAACCGCCUGCUUUGUCAUCUUGACUCUGAGUUACUUCAUCUUUUCAGACGCAAGCCUACCAACCACGUAUAGGGCCAUAGGUCACACUUGUCUAUAUGGCCUAACAUUGUUAUUUGUAUGUCAAGCUGCUUUAGUAAAAGGGUUAAAGUUAAACAACUAAAGCUAGAUGAAUCAAUAAUUACGAAAUAUAAAAGUCUGCAAGGAAAAUUAGCACAUAAUCAAGUGAUACAUUUUUUUAUAUGAAAAGAAGCCUAUUUGUUUAUAAUUGUUGUUAGAAGAUAAUUUCAUUUCUGAUGAAUAUAUGCAUAUCCAACAGGUUUGUGGAAAUUGUAGCUAUUAUCUCCAUAAAUUCAUUACUUUGGCAAUACUAUAGCUUAUAACAUCAGAAUAAUAAAAGUCUUUUUGAUAGCAUAUAAGUUAAAAAACUUAGCUGGCUGAUGCCUUCAGUAAAACAAACCGAUAGAUGAAUGACACUAGUUAGAAAUUUUAACAUGAUAUAGGAUUAAACAAGACAUGCACUUUUACUGACGAAAACUACAUUUCUUGUAUUAAAGAAUGUAAUAUUGAAAGUAACCAAACAGAAUGAUAAAGUUAGUCAUCAAGAAAAGAUUUUCUUUUUAUGUCGUCUUCUAAGGAGCACUAUUUCAUUGGAGAGACUCCUCUCAGAUACUAUUAUUCCAACUUCCUAGUUAGUCAUAAACGAUGGAGUUUUAUCAGGAGUUGGAACUUAGCCAUGAUUCUGAUCGAUCAGUUGAAAUGUCAAAUUUUCAAGAAUAUCAUCUUAUAACCAUUUUCUUUUCACUGAUGAAUUUGAGCAGUUUCUAUUAGUUUGAUCUCUUAAAGAUAUUUAAGUAAUACUAUGGCAAUACUCGUUGGUUUUAACUGACUCUAAAAUUUGAUGAAAACAGUUUUUUUUGUUAUCAUUAAAGGGGUUUUCAAUUUAUGGUAUUGCGUAAAGUUCUGAUUACUCUCUGCUUCCUUUUUUUAAACAAAGACUUGUUUACGAGCAUACGCAGGAAUAAAUUUCGAAGAGUUCUUUUCAAUGUUGAAGUAUAUUUUAAUAACUCGUUGGUCAAGAAGUAGUUCUAAUGAUGACGAUGGUGUUAGUUCAUUUCUGAAAAAGUGCAAAUCCAUGCAGUAUACAUCAUUGGACGUGCUCAAUAAUGCUAUGGAUUAUGAACUAACUAGUUUGAUUGAAACAAAUUUAGAAAUAUUUCAAACUGCUUUAAAAAAUCCUCUCCUUUGGAGGAAGUAUUAUACAACAGACGUUAAGACAUCUACUUGGAUACGUAUGCAUGAUUUUUGUAUGGUAAUACAAAUUAUCAAGGAAUUUGUUCAUCAUGAAACUGUUAAUACUCUACAUCUUUGUAAUGGUGUUUUACAAUCAUUUUGGAGUGGUCUUUAAUUAUAUGUAUAUAUAGAAAGGCGGAUUUCAACAUUUGCCAAUAUUUUCAGAUUUCAUUUAUCAUGUAUUUAUCGCGUAUUGUUCAUUUAAUACUUUUUGUUGCUUUGGUCACUGUAAUAUUUUCAACAGCUUAUGUGGAUUUACUUAUUGUGAAAUAAAUUAAAUUUCUUCUAUCUGAUGAACGAAUGCGCGUUGUUCUUCAUUAUCCAACAUCAUCAAUAUUGGCUAAUUUAUUGCUUGUUUCCGGUCUUACAUACUGAGGGAAAUCGCCUAUAAGUGUGAUUAUUAUUUGUCUAGUAUCCAGGAUUUCCACAAACCUAAGAGUGCAGUCCUGGCGAUUUCCUUUGUAGGUAUAUCCAUACACGUAAAUUGGCACAUGCAAUUUUAUCAUAAACAAGGUUAUUUUGAGGGCCACCACAUGUGUGUAAGGGGUUGUCAACAUUUCCGAGCUGCCUACAGUAAUGGGGAACUUCAGGUAAUUAAAAAGGAAACCGGGUUGGUGAUGGUUUUGACGAUUUAAUAUGGAAUAUGGCGUAAUUAUUUUUACGAUGCUUGACCCUAUAUGGAAUAUCAGGUUUUAUUUUCUCAAUAACGAGCAACUUGCCAACGUAAUAUCUUGGACGGUUUUUCGACCUCAUUCACAAUCUCGAUUAGUUAACUCUUUGUGUAACGGUGUGAUGUGCGUCCUUUUUUCGGGCGAAUAAAGAAGCGCUUUAAAUGUUACCUGACUUGUACUUCAGUAGAUGCACAUCUCUAGUGUUAUCACCGUAACAUACAUUUUAUAAUUUUGGAUAGACAUCUCACUAAGUCAUUUUAAUAUUUCAAAGAACAAAAGUUACGAGGAGUUGCGUAUCGUUUUGUGUAAGUAGGUUUCCUGUAAAUUGGUCUUUUUAUUAUGACUUUUACCCUUGUCAAUUAUCACGUGACAAAAUCGCCAGUCAGAAUACUGACUUGUAUGACUUUGUUACCGUGCUAAACGAAUAGCGAGGUGUCAAAUGGUAUAGACGUUUUCAAUGAACGUACCAAGUAGUUUAAGUGAUAUUUGUGUGAAUUUUUCCUGCUUGCCGUAUCUAUAUCUCAAGAACAUAAAGCGAAACAAGGUUAUUCUACUCACCUGACAGUCAUUAAUUGGUUUAUUCCAAAAUGGCUAAACACUAAUUAGAACAAUCUACGGAUCUCUGCAGCAUUACAGAGCACAUGUUCAUUUAUAGAUGGGUUGAUGUACCUGGUCCAUUCCCCUUGUAGUCUUUGCAAAAUUUAUUGCAUCAAACCUUAAAUGUUUCGGGCUUCUGAGUUCCGAAAUAUUAGGUUAUUUCGAGAUUUUCAUUAGUCCUGUCUAGAUAAAUGUACGUUUCUUCUGAUUCCAUAUUUCUUGUUUGCAAACAACUUGUAAUAAUUUUUUAGCGGUUGCUAAUUACAGCCAAAAUGUUAGGACCGAAUAAUUGUUGUGUGUGUUGCGAAACGACAAAGAAUAUAUUUUGAACAAUUGAUAUCGACCAAUAUCUCGUUCAUUCACUAUAGAGGGAUUAUUUUAAGCAACAUGGUAUCUAAAAUACUAGCCUCAAUAAUUAUCGGGCGUCUAACAAAGACUCGUGAACUACAUAAACCUUGUGAAGGCUCUUUACUCGAACACCGCUAGUCGAGUCAGAGCUUAUGGCGAAUUGUCUUCUGAUUUUGCAACCUCUAGUGGUGUCCGACAAGGCUGUCCACUAUCUCCAUUUCUGGUCAACUUCAUUAUAGACAUACUGCGGGCAUUGAUGUCCUUCCAGGAGGUCCACUUAUCGACUUAGAAUACGCAGAUGAUAUAGUCCUGUUUGGAGAAGACGCUGAUAAAAUGCGGUGUCUUUUGGUAGCACUAAGCAACCAUGCCAGGAAGUUUGGAAUGCGUUUUCGCCAACUAAAUAUAAGUUGUUGCCUCAGGACUGGCUUGCGUCAACACCUGAAUUAAGGAUAGGGAGCGAAGUAGUUGGACGCGUCGAUAACUUAUCUUGGAAAUCUGGUCAGCUGUAAUGCGUUGGUGUCCGACGAAGUCGUUGCACGGAUUCAGAAAGCUCGUUUGGCUUUUGCCAACUUACGUCACCUAUGGCAAACGCCAGAUAUCCGUUUAUCAAUUAAGGGUUGAGUAUACUGCGCGGUAGUUCUUUCUGUUCUACUUUCCGGCUGCAAAACGUGGCGAUUAAGGGUAGAGGAUAGUCAUAAGCUACUAGUAUCUGGUCACAGAUGCCUUAGAAAUAUUUCUCGCAUCUGCUGAGAUCACUGGAUAAGUAAUAGUGAGAUUAGAUGCAGGGUAUUAGGGAAGGAUGGUAAAUCAAUUGAUGAGGUUGUGAAUCUUCAUCGACUGAGAUGGUUGGGCCACGUGUUACGUAUGCCCGAACACCGAUUACUACGACGCGCAAUGCUAACCGGCGUCGGUUACGGUUGAAAGAAAGUUAGGGGCGGCCAAACCAAAACAUGGCAUCAGUACUUGAAGUCACUAACUUCUGGUUUGAGCCAUGUUGGUAGAUGUAGACUACUUGUUUGGGGUCCGCGUGACUUUCGUAACCAAUGGUUGGAGACUCUUGGUGACAUGGCUCAGGAUCGAUCACGAUGGCGUCCGUGUAUAGACUGUCAUUCCCCUUAACCAUGAUAUUAGGACUACUUUAUACCUUUCUACGAACUAAUUCUUUCUUCCUCUACCAUAUCCUUAUAUGCAAUCUUUCUUUUAUUAUUAUUAUUAUUAUUAUUAUUAUUAUUAUUAUUAUUAUUAUUAUUACCAUUGGAUUAACUACUUCUGUGAGUCCAGUGUUCAUCUUGCUGUACUAAUGCGGUAUGGGAACUUGAACCGAUUGAUAUAUGUGCCUGGUCUUACGUUGUAGCUAACUGACUGAUUGACUUAUUCGCUGAUCUGUUUAUGUGGAAUUAUUGUACCAUUGUAUUAUUUAGGGCAAACCCAAUGUUUUUUUGACAAAAUAGUUUUCGGCAUUCGCCCUACUUAAUAGACUUGUAAACAAAUGCCAUAUUACAGCCGAAGGAUAUUAUCAAUCGUUUUAGCUUUUGUCAAGCUGCAUAAAAUUACAAUUGGUCAUUAAGAUGAAUAAUUAAGAACGCUUCUCCUAACUUCUGUAUGUCUAUCUGUAUAUUCAAGAACACGGUAAGUGAUGUUAUUUUGUUGGUGGAACUUACGAAAUAACUACAAAUAAAUAAAAGUAUUAAGGGCAGAAAUUUAGAGAAGUCAUUAUUGGUCUGUCGAUUGUGGGAGAGGAUUCACUGUACGCAGUUGUGUUCACAGGGAACGUCAUUAAAAUGUGAGACUUGUUCUCGGAUUUCAUAUACUCUUUCUGCCGCGUACGGUGUAAUGCUAAAUGAAUCGGCGUAUGAUAAUUUCUCAAACUGUCUUAAUAAAUGGUUGCGCCAACAAUUUUUUCUUGUAGAUUCUUUAUUUGUCUUGUGAUCUGGAAAUAUGACUCCUAGUGUUGCCGUUAAACACGGUGUUUAACUCUUUAAACCACUGUUCCUGCGUUUGAGGCUGAUUCACUUAGUAACUCCAAGUUUUCUAACCCUCUUUGCCAUUAUUAAAAAUUUACGAACAGUCUAUGUUUUUAAGUGAAACGCGAAAUUUUGAGUUUGAUCGGAGUGUAAGUUGCCGACUUAAAAUUAAGAAUUAACAUCGUUUCAAAAUUCAAAAAUUAACUGGGUUUAUGGUGUAUUCAACUCCAUAAUUCAUGGUAGUCCUUCAUGUAAAUUGACGAUAAUACUUGAUCAUUUGGUUCAUGGAAAACCAUCUAAAAGUCCUCUUUCACGAUAUGGAUUUCAAGAAUAAUUACUGUGUCAAUAAGUUGCUUAAAGCAAGUUAUUGUGUAGUGAACGAGAACACAAGUGGGGGGACAAUCAAAUGUAUUUGUACACAAAAUUACAUAACACCUUACUAAAAUCUGAGAACCAUACAGUAAAUAAUUGAUAUGAAAAAUAUCGAUCAAUUUUGUUAAACUUGAGUGUUUCUUUGCAGAUGUCAAUCAUUCAUCCCAUAUUUCACUGUUCCUUCAUUUUCAUACCAAACACUGUUCCCGUUCUUUCCUUCUCAAUCUUCUGCUGCCAGUUAUUCUAUUCCUGAUUCGCAUUAUAUACUACUUAUGUCGAUAUAAGUAGCAUACACACACCACAACUGUCCUAUUAAAUAUACUUUAUGUAACUCAGAGAUAUUGAAUUUUUCAUAAUUCAGCUUUUUCAAUUAAAACUAAUCAUCAAUGAAUAUUUACAGAUUAUUGCUUAUCAGUUGUCAGCUAUUAUCAUUCCAUUAAUUUGUUUGCCAGAAUCAUACUACUAACAGAAUUUAGGUAGUAUAAAACCAAAGUUAUAAUGAUUAAGUUCUGAUUUAUUUAUUUAUUACAUUAAAACGCUCAUUAGUUUCUUGUUAAUUUUCUGUUUCUAUUAUAUUACUUUGAUAAAGAAAAUAAUCAUACUAUAAAUGAAUAAUUGAAAUGAAACAUUUAUGUUAUAUGUAAUUUAUGUAAAUUAUUGUUAUAUAUUCGGGCGUUUUAUUUUAAUUUUUCAUACCGUUAAGGUAGAUUCAUUUAUGUUAGUCUGUAAAAUAUACAAACUAAUAUUUAUCAAUGUGAUUUCCCAUUUUUGUUUUCUUUUGUUUUUUUAAAAAAAUGAGAAGAAUCUUUAAAGUUUGUGUAUUAAAUUAUUUUACAGGAUAGAUUGAAUAGAAUUCUAUCUUUGAAGUAUUUCUUAUAGCUAAUAAAUAUUCAGCUUUAUUUUCUUUUCAGAAAAAUUUCUCUUUUAAUAAUUGAAAAUAAAAUAGAUGUUGUUUACAG